AUGUCGGGACCGGUUGUGAACGCGGAGACCGCUCUCGCCCGGUGCAUUGAGGCGAUGCACGACACGUUACAGGCUUCAGUAGCAGAUGCCCUUCCGCAGUCUACAGAGUUAUCGGAAGUUACAGGCGCGGCGGUGGAACUUGUCGACACCGCGGCACAGCGAUUGGAAUGGGAGCUGGGAGUUGAACGGCAACGAAUUGACAGGCUAGUGGGAGGACUCGAUCAGCACUUUAGUGUCCUAGAGCAUGCGGUGUCCUCCCUGCCGGAUGUUCCUGUAGCUUCAAUUGACCGGGAUAUUGAGAAGUUAAACGCGGAAGCCUCAUCUCUUGCACAGGCAAUUGUGGCCGCGUACGACGAAGUGGAGUCGCUUGCUGCGCAGCUCGAGCACGAAAUUAACUUUCAACCGGUGCCUUCCAUCUGA